AUGACUAUGGCCGACUACCGGCACUGUGUACGACUAUGGCCGACUACCGGCACUGUGUACGACUAUGGCCGACUGCCUGCACUGUGUACGACUAUGGCCGACUGCCUGCACUGUGUACGACUAUGGCCGACUACCGGCACUGUGUACGACUAUGGUCGACUGCCUGCACUGUGUACGACUAUGGCCAACUGCCUGUACUGUGUAUGA